GGGGAGAGUUAACUCACCUUGUCCUUCUCUCGGUGAAACAGGUGGCGACUACAGUAAGGACUUUAUAUACUCUACGGACUGCAGAGGCAGAGUUCGAGUUCGAGUUCGAGUUCGGACGCGUCUCCAAUGUUUCACAGCCUUUUGAGUAAAUCAGAAGAAAGCAAAGAUGUCAAAAACCAAAGUGGAGAUGGACAGAGCAAUAUCAUUGCAGCCGUUAGGGUGAGGCCUCUGAGCUGUGAGGAACUCCAUCGAGAAGACAGAGAGGUCCUGUAUUCUCCAAUCCCAGGGACUUUGCAGGUGAAUCACGGUAGCCAAGACAAGCUGUUCACUUUUGAUGCUGUUUUCAAACCUAAAUGCUCACAACAUGAGGUUUUUGAGAAGUGUGGUGUGAAGCGACUUCUUGAUCUUGUUUUCCAGGGGUUCUCCUGCACAGUUUUUGCUUUUGGACAGACAGGAUCUGGAAAGACUUAUACUUUGUGUGGCCCAUACUCACUGUUUCAUGGUGGAUUGAAGGACCACAGUUUCUGUGGCCUGACGCAGCGGUCAUUUGAAUAUAUUCUUGAAAGAACUCAGUCCACACAGGAGGAGUUUGUGUUGAGUGCCACAUUUUUAGAAAUUUACAAUGAACAGGUACGAGACCUCUUAAACCCCAGCGGUUCACUCAAUGUUCGUUGGAACAAAGAGAAAGGAUUUUAUGUCCAGAAUUUGACAAGAGUAAAUUUUGAACUGUUGGGAACAGUAAUGGAUCUUCUUGAAAGAGGAAUGCUGAACAGACAAACCUCUGGUCAUUCUCUGAAUGAGCACUCCAGUAGGAGUCACUCGAUCUUCACCAUCCAUGUUGAAAAUAAAGCACAAGAUAAUGCCCUCGGCAGUGUUGGAAAGCAGGGUAAAUUCUGCAUUGUGGACUUAGCAGGCAGUGAAAGAGUUAAGGAGACUGGAUCCUUUGGAGAGCUGUUGGAAGAAGCAUGCAGCAUUAACCGUAGCCUUCUCACCUUAGGUAACUGCAUCUCUGCCCUGGUGGAUACCAGAAAAAAAGAACGGCAUAUACCUUAUCGAGACAGCAAGCUCACAAAACUAUUGGCCGACUCACUUGGAGGAUCAGGGCUCACUCUUAUGAUUGCCUGUGUAUCACCUGCAGCAGCAUGCCUCCAGGAGACCCUGAAUGUUCUUCGUUAUGCCAACAGGGCCAAGACAAUCAAGAACAGACCUAUAGCUAAGCUGGACUCAAAGCAAAGGCAGACUGCUCAUUAUGAUUAUCAGAUCAAAGUCUUAAAGGCAGAAAAUCAAAAAUUAAGGGAAAAGCUGCAGCUUCUAUCAGUCAACAGUAAGCAAAGCGCAGGAAAAAACACCGAAAGAGAAUCGGGGGAAAAUGAAAGUCUUAACCAAUCAAUCAAGAAUUCCCCAUCCAUUCCUAAUCACAGUCUUUAUGGCCUCCUGCAAGAGUUCAUGCUGGAAAACUGUGCACUGAGGCAGGAAAAGAGCACUUUGCUUAGAGAUAAUGACACUUGUAGACAAGAGAUACAACGUCUGUGGAAUGAGAACAAAUGCCUGAUUCUGAAAGUGGAGGACAUGAAAAGGCUGGUGUGCUCCACCACUUUAGACAGUGGAAGACAGUCAAGAAAAGAAAGCAGUAACUGUGGGUGGGUCAAAGGGUUGCACCCUCCAUGCUGUUUGCUUCCUUCUAGACAUGUCACUGAUCUGACUACAAGUGAGUAUUGCUUUCAUGACAGCCACUUAAAAAACUCUCCAGAUUCCAGUGUUUCUUUCCUGCCGCAACCACCUCCCAUGACAAAACAAAUUAUGGAAUCCAGCUCUAACCAUAAGAAGAGCUGCAAGCAUGGAAAAUAUGAUGGCAAAUGCAAUGACUACGUCAGUAUUUCUCCAAUCAGUACUCCUGAAAGAAGUAAGCAGUGCCCCAAAUGGUUUAAUUUUACGAGCCCUCAUCACCAAAGCUUUACUCUGAGACCAGAAGACAAAGUUGAGCCCUCUGCCCCUCCUCUUUCAACAAUUUCCUCCUUUGAACUGGACACCAUUAUUUUCCCUCCAUUGACAUAAGAA